CACGCUCAACCAAUCAGAAUGAGCUCGAGAGGAAUGCGGGUGACUGGAAAGCGCCGCGUCCUAAUCCACUUUAGCACUUAGUGUGGCGUACAGUUAGUGCAGUCAGGCCUGCGUAGUGCACUCUUAUGAGGAGAGAACAACUGCAUUUGGGAUUGGACCGCAGCAUUAGCCUAGCUCUGUGUGCUAAUGCGGCUGCAGCUUCUAGCCUGGAGAGCUAGCUUCAAUGCAGAGCUGUGUGUUGUGUUUGUUUAUUUGUUGUUGAUUUUCUGAAAGCACUUUGUUACAAUAAAUACACAGAAUAAUAAUUAAGUUAAUCACGCUAAGGAAUGGACUCAGACGAGGGCUAUAACUACGAGUUCGACGACGAAGAGGAGUGCAGCGAGGACAGUGUUGAGGAGGAAGCCGACGACGACGCGCUGGAGCUGGGCGAGGUGGAGCUGGAGGAGCCGGUGGUGGCCGGGGGAGAGCGGGACGGCUGCGGGGAGACGGGAGGCGGCGGCGGGGGAGGCCUCGGGGCUGACCGGGACGAGGAGGAGGAGGACUACCGCUACGAGGUGCUGACCGCGGAGCAGAUCCUCCAGCACAUGGUGGAGUGUAUCAGGGAGGUGAACGAGGUGAUCCAGAACCCAGCGACUAUAACCAGAAUCCUGCUCAGUCACUUCAACUGGGACAAAGAGAAGCUCAUGGAGAGGUACUUUGACGGGAAUCUGGAUAAAUUAUUCUCGGAGUGCCACGUCAUUAACCCCAGUAAGAAGACGAGGACGAGACCCAUGAGCACGCGCUCGUCUAAUCAGGACAUGCACUGCCAGAUCUGCUACCUGAACUACCCCACCACGUAUUUCACAGGUCUGGAGUGUGGACACAAGUUCUGCAUGCAGUGCUGGGGGGAUUACCUGACCACCAAAAUUAUAGAGGAGGGCAUGGGCCAGACCAUCUCUUGUCCUGCCCACAACUGUGAUAUUCUGGUUGAUGACAACACUGUGAUGAGGUUGAUCACCGACUCCAAAGUGAAGCUGAAGUACCAACAUCUAAUCACAAAUAGUUUUGUAGAGUGUAAUAGACUGUUAAAAUGGUGUCCGGCUCCUGACUGUCAUCAUGUGGUCAAGGUCCAGUAUCCAGACGCCAAACCAGUGCGCUGCAAAUGCGGGAGACAGUUCUGUUUCAACUGUGGCGAGAACUGGCACGACCCGGUGAAGUGUAAGUGGUUGAGGAAGUGGAUAAAGAAAUGCGACGACGACAGUGAAACCUCGAACUGGAUCGCAGCAAAUACCAAGGAGUGUCCCAAGUGCCACGUGACCAUCGAGAAGGACGGCGGGUGUAACCACAUGGUUUGCCGUAACCAGAACUGUAAGGCGGAGUUCUGUUGGGUGUGUCUGGGUCCCUGGGAGCCUCACGGCUCGGCCUGGUACAACUGCAAUCGCUACAACGAAGACGACGCCAAGGCGGCCCGAGACGCUCAGGAGCGGUCCCGCGCAGCACUACAGCGUUACCUUUUCUACUGCAACCGCUACAUGAACCACAUGCAGAGCCUGCGCUUCGAGCACAAGCUGUACGCGCAGGUCAAGCAGAAGAUGGAGGAGAUGCAACAGCACAACAUGUCGUGGAUCGAAGUGCAGUUCCUCAAGAAGGCCGUGGACGUGCUGUGCCAGUGCCGAUCCACACUCAUGUUCACCUACGUCUUCGCCUUCUACCUCAAGAAGAACAACCAGUCCAUCAUUUUCGAGAACAAUCAGGCUGACCUGGAGAAGGCCACCGAGGUGCUCUCAGGAUAUCUGGAGCGAGACAUUUCCCAGGAUUCCUUGCAAGAUAUCAAACAGAAAGUCCAAGAUAAGUACAGAUACUGCGAGAGCCGACGGCGAGUUCUGCUGCAGCACGUGCACGAGGGCUACGAGAAGGACUUAUGGGAGUAUUUAGAGGACUGAGAAAGAUUUCUCCGAUCAUAAACUGUCUGUGUGAGGAGGAACCCCUCCCUCCGCCGGUUCCGGAGAGCCCUCUUGGCCAUCUCCACACAUCCGCUCCACACUGCAUCCCUUUUCAUACAUCAUCGUUCUGUUUGUUUUUAUUAAGAUUCUAAAUUAAUUUUAUUCUACUAAAGAAGUAGCUUUAUUAAAGAUGAAACCCAAACCCCACCAUCACCACCAGCUUAUGGUCGUAUGUCAGUAUUGCAGUUUAGUUUGCACCGAGGAACCGCCCUCUUCCCUCCAGCAGGUGGCGUUCUUCAUGGAGACUGUCUCAGUAGUAAGGUGGUUUCCUUCUUCUUUUUUUCUUCUAUAGCUUUUUAUUUUUUAUCAGUUUGGUCUAAGGGCUCGAGCAUGGUUUUUGGCGUGAACGUCCAGGCUUAAAGAUUUCUUAAAGUUUUUCCUUAAGAACAAAUAGCCUUGAGGUGUUGACAGCGGGGUCGUGCAUUUCAGUCUGUAAAUAACGUGCGUGUAUGGAACAUGGCGUAGGACGCAGUUUUGUUUUUUGAACAAGUAUUUAUUUUUUGCAGAUGUUCACCAAACCCCAGUGUGUCUGGGACGGCUGCUCUUCAGCUUUAUGUUUUUUUUCCCUUUUUUUUUUUUUUUUUUUUAACUCAACUGCUAGAGGAUAGAAAUCACAUCAUCAUACAGACAGCGGGAGCAGCGUAGCCUUAGAGGUGAAGGAAUGGUUUAGAGUGGGAGAGAAGAAAAAAAAAUCUGAAAUGCACUUUCAUAACCGUUGCUCUAUGAUGUAGGUGAUCGUUUCUUUAGUUUUGCGUCUCAGCUAAAAGACUGUCGAAAUCUUCUCCACAUCAAGUUGCAGGGGUGUCUUUAUUUUCGAUACACCGAGAUGUUGGCUUCCUGCAGAAACGCAGCGAGUCUGAUAACCGGGCGCUAGAUCUGAGAACGUUUAUAAAUGUUAAGACCUUCAAUUAUUUUCAACAUCGUCUGCAGGCAUGAGUUCACAGCCUUCUGUAAUUAGCUAGUGUCGCUGUGAUUGACAGGAGAUCAAAGGCCCCUCCCACCCAUCAUGCACAGCCACUUUUAUCAGAGAUUAGAUCUCCGACGACAUAUUCGCUUUAGUGCAGUACAGAUUCGGAGUGUCAGCAUCGAAGGGAAGAACUGUGUACUUGUCGUGUGUGUGUGUGUGUGUGUGUGUGUGUGUGGUUGAUCAACACUGGGGUAGCUGCAGGGACGCGCCGCCCCAUACUGAUCAGACUAGACCUACAGGACGUUUGCACUGGUUGUGUUCCUGAUCUGUAAACGCAGUACUCGUGCUCCCUCCGUGAAUUAAACACGUAAUUCCACCACAUGAGUUUUCGCUUUGUGCUGAAAGAGAUAACUGUGUAAUCUGUAAGAUACACAUAAACACACACACACACACACACACCAUAGAAGCUUCUCUAGACCUUUCUGUCUUAUAGAUAACGCUCCAGAGCUCCCCAUUGAUCCCUGCGAGGACACAGAUAGCACAACGACGAUGCUAGUUAGGAUGCAGCACUGCACAUGGAGCCCCGCUGUGUGUAAAGUCAGAAUACUAACAACGUUAACACUCACAGAGCUGCGGGUCGGGUAUCUGGUAGCGCGCGGUGUUCAACAUGAACGGUGUAGUUUAUUGUGCACGAUCAGCACAAAUGGAAAUCAAAUGAAGGAUUAGUGUUGCGUGUGUUCUUCCAGAAUGACGGUUAGGCAUAAGUAUUGACACCCCAUCAAUACCUGGCAUUAUGAUAUAAUCAUGACUGUACACAAAAUAGUCGUGAUAUUGAUGUGCUGGGAGAGAAACCGAUAAUGUUAAAAAUAAUAUAAUAAAUUAUUAAAUAAUAAUAAUAAAAUGAAAUUAUAAAUAUACAAGUUGUGAUUGUGUAAAAGUUCAUCAUUACAGCCUAAAUUAGUUCUUGUGACUUCUGAUGACGCACAGUGCCAUAUCUCGAGUUGAAUAGCUUGCUUGAUCUUAAUGCGAAAACAGAAAAACUAAGAUGAAUUUAAAAUAUAUAUAAUAUUAAUAAUGUGAUGUAAAUGGAUGAUGGGGUGUUAAUACCUAUGCAAGGCCCUGCGCUGUGAUACGAGAGCAUAUGUGAUACUGGCACAUGCCUGCUACAAAACAGCUCCUUUUACACUGUUUAUUGAGUUUUGCGAGUCUUUUCCUUAUAAGUGCAGUUUAUUCCUGCGUUGUCAUACACACCUGUCUUAACACUCGGGAACCGAUUCCUGACGAUACGUACCUACUUGAUCUGUGAUCCGGUCUGUAAGCUAACCGACAGCUCUGACUAACCGCCAUCGUCUCAUGAAACUCAUGACUUUCUAGACCCUUGACUGGAGUGUACAUAGUUAUUUGUGUUUCCCUAACAGCGCCAUGGUGAGACGCCUAAAGGACUCCAGUGAUGGCUCUACUGGGAGAUCUCUUCACCAAAGUGUGAAUAUUAAAUUAAAAAAGAAAAUAAGCAAAAGAAAAUGAAUACUGCCUCCGAUGGGAGAAAUGUUCGUCUUCAGUGGCUUUCAUGUGUUAUAACCAUUCUUACAAAUGAAAAAUUGUCCUAUUUAAAUAAAUCUCAUUCAAAA